CAACGAGGAUGAGGGUGACCGGUGGAGUCGCACAUGCGCCUCUUUAAGCGUCUCGUCGACCACCGAUUUCGAUUUUAGUCAUUCCCGGGUUCGACUUGGGGGAAUCGUUGAUAGAGAGGGGCCGUGUGCAACCUCAUAACGUCUUACGAAAACCGAAGCAACAAGGCAAUAAUAAUAACGUAAAUAACUAUAAACAAUCAAAAAAUAUUUUCAAAACAAAAAAAACGAUACUCAAACUGUGGAGAUUUAUAAGAAAAAUUCAUAUCUGUGGAAACAAAUAUCGGAGUAAUAAAAACGAUUUGGAGCAGAGGACUUCUAUAAGAGGAAUAACAAAAGACGUAGACAAAAACCAGUACAAUAGUAUCAUCAAGCAAUCGAAUGUUUACUGGUGAUUCAGAAUCCACAGUUAAAGUUUUAUCUCAUCGUCGGCAUAAUCAUCAUCGCCUGUCUACUAGAUUUUCACGUCAAACAAAAGUCGAAAGAACGAUGAAACAAGAACCUGAUGAUGAUGAAAGUUGUUAUUUAGAUGAGGGAAUGAUAUCAUCAGUCCCUGGUCAACCAACUAGAGUAAGAUCUCAUGCCAGAAGUCUUCGAGCAAUGGCAAAUCCCAGUGCAGUAUGGGCACACUUUGAUUUAUGUACAAAUGAUCCUCUUCGAGCCCAAUGUCGUAUUUGUGGUUCUGUAGUAGUUCGUGGAGGUGCAAAUCCUCGUCAAUGUGGAACAACAAACCUCCAUCGACAUCUCAGGGUACACCAUGGAGGUAGACUUAUUGGCAGACGUUAUCAUGUGAUGCAUUCUAAUUCCCAAGGAACAUCUUCUGGAAGAACUAUUAGAAUAGCACCACAACCUGCAAUGCGACAGCAAGCAAAAAAUCUCAAUUCCAACAAUCAACCAAAAACUCUUGUUCUAAAAACUAUUCCGUUAAAAAUGAAAUCAGUAGCACCAACAACCAUCAAAAUACCGUCAUCAAAACAACCAAAUAUUAGACUACCUCCAAAUAUUGCUCCUCAACAACCUACAGAAGUUUGCUUAAGGUGGAACAGUUACCACAGUAAUAUGCAAAAUAGUUUCCCAUCACUUUUAGACUCAGAACAAUUUGUUGAUGUAACUCUAGCCUGCGAAGGACGUUCACUCAAGUGCCAUAAAAUGAUAUUAUCUUCAUGCAGUGAUUACCUCGCAGCCUUAUUACGUGAAAAUCCCUGUCAACAUCCAAUUAUUCUCAUGAAGGACCUCAAAUUUUGGGAAGUUGAAGCUCUUGUUAAAUUUAUGUAUCGAGGAGAAGUAAAUGUAGCUCAUGACAAACUUCCACAGCUACUUAAUGCUGCAGAAGCAUUACAAGUUAAAGGUCUUGCUGGACCAACACCUUCUUCACAGAAUCCAAAACCACCAAUGCUAAUACCGCAGCCCAAAGCAAAUUCUCAAACGACUUCAACAUCUUCAGCAAGAGUCACAUCUGAAUCCAAAGAAAUGAAAAACUCUAAUUUACCUACAACUAGUCCAAAGCGUGUGCCAAAACGUUCAAUAUCAGAGUCUUUUGGCUCUAAAACAUUUACUAAAAUUCGUCUUCAACGACCCACUACGCCUACCUCACCAAAUCCAACGAUAAAGUUAGAACCUCUUGACAUUCCUCUAAGUCCAACGGAUAUUUUUCCGGACAAUGAAGACAAUUCUACGAACAAUUACGAGAAUCUUAUGAGUAUGCAUGAAGACGAUGAUCCAGGUGGAGUGGAUCAUCAUGAUAGUAUUGACGAUGAUAUACAUUAUUCUACUCUUACCGGACCUUCAGACCCGAAUGAUUCUGAAGAUCAUAUGGAAUUUGUACCGACCGAUUUUUUAGAACAAGAACAAGAAAUAGUUGAAGACGUCGAUGGAGAUUGCAGUAGGAGUAGUGGUGAAAAACAAAUUAAAAAAAGAAAAAUUAUAUUAGACAAAAAUAUUGAAGAUAAUAAGAAAAAUGUGAAAAAGGAAGAGAACUUAUUUAAAAAAGAAAAGACGUAGAAUCUAUUUGAUUAUCAAUCAUUUUUUUUUUAACUUACCGAAGGGUACAAAUUUUUAAAUUUUUUCUAUUAACCUUUAUUUAGAUGUUUUUACUAUUUAAAAAUUAUCAGUUAAUACUAUCAUUCUAUACAUUGUGAUAGAUUGUUUAUAGUCAUUUGCAAAUAAUUCACUGUUCUAUUAACAUUUAUUUUGUUUGAAGUCAUAAACUUCGGAUGUCAUAGUUUUCUUUAAUUCAAAGAAUUCAACUCAGGAUAUUUUUAAACAAUUUAGAUUGUAAUCCAUUUAUCUGUGUUCGAAGGAUUUUAUUUUUAUUAAUUUUUGUAUCGUUGUAAUUAAGUGUGAGCGUGAACGCAUGUGAAACAAAUGUUAUUAAUGAACUUUGGAGUCUUCAUCAAGUGUUUUGAUCGAAUUAUUUAUUCGAAAGUACAUUAAUUUAAAAUUGAGUAACAAAUUGAUUUUUUUGUUUAAAUUAUAUUUAAAAAGUAAGUCUUUACUUUUAACAAAAGAAGCACAUUGCAUUUAUAACUAAGAACAAACUUUUUUAACUAAUCACAAAAUUUUCAACUCAUUCACUUACUUUUAGGUUUUAUAAAAUC